CAUCCAUCUCUGCUUCCUCAUUGACCGAAGGCGACGGCAGUGAUUCCUGGAAGACUGGAAUGCUGCUGGAAAUAUGUUCGCAUCCGCGUAGCGAGCCGCUGUCCGACUGCAUGCUGAUGUUGGCGCGGAUGCGUUUUGCUCGAUGCUAAGGUGAAGCGGUCCGUGCUCCGAGAGUGCUCAUGCUUCCCUCUUCCCUGCCCACCCUCACCCUCACCCUCCUGCUUGCCUUGGGCCACUGUCUCCGUGAUGAGCAUCCCAGCUCCAACAGCACCUGUCGCCAUGACUACUGCGUGCUGGGGGCCGGACCUGCAGGUCUACAGAUUGGCUACUUCCUAUCGCACAGCCAACGGGAUUACAUCAUUCUAGAGAGGAAUUCUGCCCCUGGGAGUUUUUUCAACAUAUACCCUAGACACCGGAAGCUCAUCAGCAUUAACAAGAUCUACACGGGGAGAUGGAACCGUGAGUUCAACCUCCGGCACGACUGGAACUCACUGCUGAGCCAUCGGCCGGACCUGCUGUUCCAGCGAGUCAGCAAGCAGCUGUACCCAGACGCGGACGACGUUCCUCGCUAUCUUUCCUUGUUUGCCAAGGAGCUGGACCUUAAGGUCCAGUACGGAGUGGACAUAGGAAAAAUUCGGGCCUCUGAAGACAGCGACCAGGGAGGGCGGAGCUAUACGCUAAUAGACCAGAACGGCCUGGAAUAUUCAUGCAGGGUCCUGCUGGUGGCCACAGGUCUCUGGGUGCCUGAAGAGGUGAAGUUCUUUGGCUCCGAGCUGGUUGAGGGUUAUGAGUCCAUACCUGUCGAUCCAGAGGAAUACCAAAACCAGGCAGUAUUGAUCUUGGGCAAAGGGAAUUCCGCCUUUGAAACAGCACAGAGCAUUCUGGGUAGGGCCAGCCGCAUCCACCUCUACAGCCCAAAUCCAGUUCGCUUGGCCUGGCAGACACACUAUGUUGGAGACCUCAGAGCUGUCAAUAAUGAGUUACUAGACACUUACCAGCUGAAAUCACUGGAUGGCCUGGUGGAAGGCGGGCUUGAAGAAAUCGCCAUUGUCAAGUACAGUCCUGGAAAGAAGGCCUCCGGCAAAGAGAAAAAGAGUGACCGGAAAGACAAGAAGGGGCGUGGUCAACUCUACCUGACCUUGGCUGAUUUGCUUCAAGAAAACAACGGCAAUAGGAGUUCAGGCAUUACCGCGGCAACCCUGCCUGGUUACCACAAUGACAACUUUUCACUCCGGCAACCGUACGACCGUGUGAUUCGCUGCUUGGGAUUCCGCUUCAACUUCUCUAUCUUUGAUAGCUCUGCCCGGCCUCCAUGCAGUAGCGUGGCUAGGGGGCGCUUUCCGGGGGUCACUGCGUGGUACGAGGGGAAGAGGACCCCCGGCCUGUUCGUGUUGGGGGCAGCGGCCCAUUCCAGAGACUACCGCUCAUCCGCAGGAGGCUUCAUCCACGGCUUCCGCUACACGAUACGCUCCAUCCACCGAGUCCUGGAGCAUCGAUACCAUGGCAAGACUUGGCCCACUACCAAGCUGGAGACCACACAGCUGCUAUCCUGGCUGCUAAAGAGGGUUAACGAGGCCUCUGGGCCAUACCAGAUGUUUGGGGUGUUGGCCGACGUUAUUCUCCUGCGAGGCUCUUACUGUGAAUACCUGGAAGAGUUCCCCAUCCAAGCCCUGGCACAAUUCACCAACCUUUCGGGUCACCAGGUCACAGAGCAGGGCCUGCUGGUUCUGAUUAUGCAGUACGGGCUGAACCGCACUGACACGCUCGGACCGGGCCGGGCAGAGUCUGAGUGGACUCGGGCUUGGAAAUCGAACUUUCUGCACCCUGUCCUGUACUAUUACAACACACUUCCUACGGAACAAGAUAUGAAAUACCGCCCAGUUGGAUGGCCACUGCCCCGGCCAAAGGCUAUCCACCACAUUAUCGAAGACUUCCUGACGGAGUGGGAUGGGCCUAUAUCUCAUAGCCAACCACUGCGCCGUUUUCUGGAGCACUGCCUUCAGACCGACCUCAGGGCUUUUUAUGCAGAAUCCUGUUUCCUUUUCUCUCUGACCUACACUGAGCCACCCCUCUUCUGUCGCCUGGGUUACCUGAAGAAGCAGGGCAUUGUGGGUAAGAGUAAGCAGUGGCAACGUUCGCACGAAGACGGGGUGAUGGCUGAUGAUGAUGAAUCCAGGACGUCUCCAGAAGAGAAUUCCCUCCCUGAGUACCUGUCUGAGGCUGAGCCUUCUGUAACUUCAGGGAUGAACUUUGACCUUUAAUUAUAUGGAACCAAAAUUAGUUUGUUUCUUUCAGUGUAACCCAAACUCCUCCUACCUCUGGCCACAUCUUAAAAUGCCAAAUGUAUCGGUUUGGUUUUUUUGUUUUCGCUGAGAAUUUAGCUAAUAUUCUUCAUGUAUGUUUUUGAAAUAUAAUUUUCAUAUUUUUCGUUAAAGUAUAUGUACUGUUUUAUACAUAUAUUUCGGUAUGUGUGUCUAUAUAAAUAUAUACAAGCUUUUUUGCAAUGUGGAACCAUGCGAAAUAUACUAUAUUUUAUAUUUAUUUUUAUACUGUCAUCAUUUAUCAUGCUAGACUCGUUUUUCACCAGAGAUUCAUUUGGGUGUUGCUUUGUGCCUAUGUUUGAAAAUAAAUAAAUAAAUAUGAUGAGAGAACAAA